AUGGACUUAUCCAAGAUUUCAGGCCUUGGGUUCGUAGGAUUAGGGGCCAUGGGGCUUCCCAUGGCCGGUCACCUUGCUGCAAAACUGCCCGACAACGUCCACAUAUACGCCUAUGACAUCAACACAUCAAGUAUGGAACAGCUGCACAGUGACUAUCCGAACAGAGUGACAAAAUGCUCCGGCGUCAAGGAGGUGGCCGAUAAAUCGGACGUUGUCCUCACCAUGCUCCCGGAAGGAAAACAUGUCCGCUCGGUAUACAUGGAAGGCGGCUCUGACACCAUCUGCUCAAGUGACGUCUCUGGGAAGUUGCUGAUCGACUGUUCGACGAUUGACACAGCCAGCAGUCUGGCAGUCAAGGACUAUGUCAACCAGAAAUUCCCCUCGACGUCCUUCUAUGAUGCGCCGGUCAGUGGGGGCGUGGUAGGGGCGCAGAAGGGCACGAUAGCCUUCUUUCUCGGAUGUGAUGGCGCCGACGCGAACUUGCCCCAAGUCACCCGUCUUUUGCAACUGAUGGGCAAGGAUGUGAUCCCCUGUGGCGGGCCCUCGAAAGGGCUUGCAGCCAAACUGUCCAACAAUUAUCUGUCCGGGAUAAUCGCCAUCGCCGUGUCCGAAGCCAUGGACAUGGGCAUGCGGUCCGGUCUCGAUCCGCGGGUGCUGGCAAAGGUCUACGCCGCAGGGACCGCGCAGAACACCAUCUGUGACCGAUUCUGUCCCGUCCCCGGCGUGUACCCAGAAGCACCGUCGUCGAAAGGCUACACCAACGGAUUCAAAGUGCAGCUGAUGCGGAAGGAUUUCUCUCUGGCCAUGGAAAUGGCGAAGCGGGUCGGGGCGAGGAAUGCCCUCGGCGAGGCUGGACUAGCGACGUACGAGGGUGCCAGUAAAGAUCCUCGAUGCAUGGACCUAGAUUCUAGAGUGGUGUUCCGGUACCUGGGGGGAAACGAGGAUUGGCAAAAGGAUGCCGACGAGGCUACGGCCAGCAAGCUCUAA